GUCAUUAAUUUCCAAUCGUCGCUGUAUUCUUGGAGGGCGUCGAACUUUAUCAGUUGCUUGCGCUCCGUGGACCACACAACAAUGUCCGUUUUCCUCACUUUCUUGGCUGUUAUAAUUAUUUUAGUUAUAUACAGUGUAAAAUUUAAAGACCCCAAACCUAUAUUUGGUGUUUAUUCUGUACCCGGCAAGUGGUAUUACCUGAAAUAUGUUUUAUUCAGCCUUCUCUACCAUUAUCGUAAGUACGCAAACCAAAACAAAUCAGCCGGGAAGGAUGGACGAGCGGGACAGGGUGUCAAGGCGAUAGCAAACCCUGCGGACAUGGAGCGCGCCCAGCAACUCAGUGACCACGCGAAGGCUUUCGAUGCAGUAUUCUUCAUUUCGUCGACCAAAGGCGAUACCGACAAAGGAAUAUACGUGGUGAUGGGGUGCGAGCGAAGACCCAUGGGCAUGUGCAAUGGACUCUUUUACAUUGGGUUACCCGGCAAAGGACUUCUUUGCAGCAAGAAGAUACCAGACACAGUAUUAUUCGGUGCAGAUAUUGGAGAGUUCGGAGCCGAAGGCAUCAAAAUCAAACCGGUAGAGCCCAUGGUCAAAUGGAACAUCUCUUACAAAGGAAAGAUGUGGUACCAAAACGACCCCAGCAAAGUGGUCGAUGUGGACUUCACUGGAGAAUGGAAGGCCACAAGCAGAUACUUCGACUUCGACAGUGAUCUUUACCCUGCUGCCGUGGUCCGCUCCAUCGCCAGGGAAAAAUGGAGUCGGGAGUACUUUGAAGGCCUUAAAACAGCCCAUCAGUCACAUUACGAACAAUUCGGAAACUUGAAGUGCAACUUCAAGAUUGAAAACGAAUCAUUCGAAUUCACGUUGCCAUCUUUCAGAGAUCACAGUUUCGGUCAGAGGCGCGACUGGAGCCUGAUGCACCGGUACGCGUUCCACCACAUCUUCUUGGAAGACGGCACCAACAUGAGCGUUGGCGUCAUCUGCCAGCCAUUCACGGCGUCCGUUUUCGAAGCCGGCUGGAUUGCGUUACCAAACAAGGAAGUGUAUCCCAUACAAUGGGUAGACUUGAAACUGUACCAGCAUGGCGAAGGAGGAACGGCCCCGAAGGACUACGCCUUCACUUUCGGAGCAGGUGACGAGGAAUACGCUGUCCAGGUCCUAGUGGAAUACGAGUCUAUACACUACGUAUCAGAUGAAUGGGAAGCACGCAUGGUUGAAAGAUUCUGCAAGUUCACGGUAAACAACACUCCCGGACGAGGCGUGUCCGAGUUUCACUACAGACAUACCGACGGACGCCCCGAAAGCGUGGCCAAAGAUGACCCUGAAUGGUACAGGAAGAUGUGCCACAAGAUUUAGGGAGCAAGCUUCAAAUGAGAAUAAAAUAAAACGGAUGAAUUGUGAAUACGUAUUCAGACCAAUUCCAAGUCUAACUAAUUAGUCAGUAGAAUAGUAAAAAAAUAUAUUUAUGAUUUACGUGAUUUCUUUGAAAAAAAUAUGUAGAUAUGUCUCUGACAUUGUUAUCGUUUUAAAAACAAAAACCACUGGAAAAAUAGCCUACAAAAUUUAUUUUUUAGAUCUCAGCUUAGGUAUCUUAGGAAAAAGAACAAUGAUGAGUGAAAUGAAUUUCUAAUUGUCUCUGUUGUUCAUAUUGUUGUUUAUUGUGUAAGGUAAUUGUAAUAAUUAUACAACAUAUUAAUAAACCUCUUAUUUAUCUAACAUUAAAGUUUCAUAUUUUUUUUAUAAAGUCGUCUAAUACAACUUGUAAAUGACGUUUACAAAUAAAAAUAAAUACAAUAA